GCUGAAACGAUGUGUGAAGAUGGUUGACGAAUCGUCUGUUAGGCGCCAGCAGACCAUGCACCAAACAUCCGAUGCCAUGCAACCAAGUUGAAUGUGCUGAGAAUCGGAGAUCAGUACUUAUUUCAUGUAUGCCUUGCGGUAACUGUGGUAGUUGGCAUUGCCCAUGUUGGCGCUUCGACAAUGUAAAUCCUUGUUAGAGUUGGAUACCAUGAUUGAAGUGCAGAAGGUUGACGACGACGUCUCACGUGCUUUGCGGUCAUUGUUAGAUGAACAGCAUGGAUUUGCAAACGAGGAGUAUAUUGGAUCAUUGGAUCAACGACUACCUAAUAGCAAGAAGAUGUUGAGGCAUCAGGCGUUAUCACUAUCAUGUUCAACUGGCCACAAUGAUAUCAAAUCUUCAGUCUUGUUACAGCACUACACUCAGCUUGAAAUAAUCGCUCGGCGACCUAAAUACAGCCACAAACACGAAACCUUCACCUCCAUCCACGAUACCCCCAACAGACCUCGGUGCCAGCAUCUCCCAAGCGGUGAUUCACAGGGUGGCAAUCCCAUCUCACGACAAGCAUAUGCACUUGUACGGCUUCGUACCAUUGGAUCUUCAGCAACAAGGCCCCAUAGUAUUACCGAAGAGUGGAUCAACACCCAAACUUUGACUUCGUUCAGGAGCAUCCAGAAGCUCCAAAUCGAAGCCUCUUCCCGCUGGUAAAAGGAUUAAACUUAGAAAAAGGGUCUCGUAAAUGACGACUCUAUUCAAAGUCGGCGGCGCCGGCGAGCGCGGAUGAGCUACCAAGCUAGCGUUUGCUUGGUCUUUGAUCGUAGUGAACCAAGAAUGGGUAGUAGUAGAUUUUUUUUGCUAAUUACUGAUCUGUGGUGGAGACGUAUGUAUCGGGUGGCUUUUGUGAAGCGGAUCGUGAAUGAGCUUAGUUGAUUGUGACUCGACA